AUGGCUGCAUAUCGUGGAUGGCACAUACACCAACUUGAUAUUAACAACGCUUUUUUACAUGGCAGCCUAAAUGAAGAAGUUUAUAUGACCAUCCCACUUGGUUUUCAAGCUGAGAAACCGAGACAAGUUUGCAGACUCCUUCGCUCAAUGUACGGUUUGAAACAAGCUAGCCGACAGUGGAAUACACGAUUGAGUGAUGCCUUAAUGAGCAAAGGGUUUGAACAGUCAAAAUCGGAUCCAUCAUUGUUCAUUAAAGAACUUAAGUGCUUUCUUGACACUACUUUUAAAAUCAAGGAUCUAGGAAGCUUGGGGUAUUUCUUAGGCAUUGAAGCUCAUAUCAGUAAUGAUGGGUUAAACUUGUAUCAAAGAAAGUAUGCUCUAGACAUAUUGAAUGAAGAAGGAUUCCUUUCUUGUAAGCCAGCGAGCACUCCCAUGGUUCCUGGCCAUCAAUUGCAGAAAGAGGGAGGUACUUUGCUUCAGGACUCCAGCAGCUAUAGACGACUGGUUGGGCGUCUCCUAUAUCUCACCGCUACAAGGCCGGAUAUCACAUAUGCGGUACAACAACUGAGUCAAUUCGUGGAUACACCCACAAAUGAGCACCUAGUCGCAGCACACCGUGUUCUAAGAUACAUAAAGAAAGCUCCCGGUCAAGGGAUAUUCUACCCCAGGAAUGGCGCAAUGCAGUUGAACGUAUUCUCCGAUUCUGAUUGGGCAUCAUGUCCGGAGACACGUAGAUCAGUGACUGGCUUCUGCAUUUUUCUUGGUACUGCUCCCGUUUCGUGGAGAACGAAGAAACAAGCCACUGUUUCUCGUUCGUCCUCCGAGGCUGAAUAUCGGGCUCUUGCCGCAACCGUCUGUGAGGUCCAGUGGAUUAUUACAUUGCUUCAUGAUUUACAGAUUGAGAUGAUUAGGCCUGCUGCCAUCUUCUGUGAUAAUAAAUCGGCAAUCGCCAUCGGAGAGAAUCACGUAUUCCACGAACGAACAAAGCAUAUCGAAAUCGAUUGUCAUAUCGUUCGCGAGAAAGUCAGUCAAGGAUUAGUCAAGCUCCUCUCCGUCUCAUCAUGUGGCCAAGUUGCUGACGGGUUCACCAAAGCUCUCCCCACCUCUCUUUUUCAGCUCUUCCUCUCUAAGCUGGGCACUCAGGAUCUUCAUGCGCCAACUUACGGGGGGGUGGGGGGGGGGGGUAACAAAGAGUAG